UUGAACUAAAUUGAUUGAAGUUGAAUUGAACUUAACUAAAUUAAGCUAAGCUAAACUAAAUUGUUUAUAAAAGAAAGAAAAUUAAGAAGAUGAACUAAAUUGUUUACCGGCCAUAAUAUCUCUAAUCUCUUUUUUCCAAUUAUCUCCAAAUUUCUUUUUUUCAUAUCACCUAUAUCUCUGUUUACAAGUCAUUGUGCAACAGCGGGAGCAAACCAACUGUAAAACCUGUUGGCAGUAGUGACUAGUGACUAGUGACAAAUGACUGACAUGUGACAUUUAAAUUUCUUUACUUACUGCAUACACUUAAAAUCUCUUUACCUUUUCUGGGACUGAUUUUUAAAUUUGUUUUUUUUUUUUAUUAAAAGUAAUGAAAGCUUCAAAAAUUUUACCCUUGUUAUUAGCUCAAAAUCUCAAAUAAACAAAGCUCCCUAUCACUUUCUCAAUUCUCACACUCUCAGUCUCUCUCUUUGCAUCAAUGGAGAGAGAAACACAAAAACCAGAUUCUCAAACUCCAACUCUUCCAGACGAUCUCAUCUUCGAGCACAUCUUACCCGAACUUCCCCUAAAAUCUCUAACUCGUUUCAAAUCUGUUUCCAAAUUAUGGCUUUCUACAAUUUCUAGUCCAAAAUUUACAAAAUCCCAAUUUCUCCUAUUUUCAGGGAACCACGGUCCUCAUCCUCUCUUCACCUCGGUCACACUCGAUCAACACGGCGGUGUCGAUCAAAUCCUUAAAUUCAACUACAAUUGCAACGGUAAACGUAUUCAUGUGUUGGGUUCUUGUAACGGUUUGGUAUGUUUCUGUGACGAAUAUUUUAAUUUCUACAUUUGCAACCCUUUUACAGAAAACUGUAAUGAUGUUAUUAAUCGUCCUGAAAAUGCCCCUGAUUUUACUCCUAACAAAGUCAUAUCUGCUGGAUUUGGUUAUGUUUCUUCAAUUGAUGAUUACAAGAUUGUUUGCUUAAUUGGAAAAUCAACUAGAUACUUUUCUCUUGCCUUGUCUAAUGUUUACAUAUUUUCUUUGAGCAAUUGGAAAUGGGAAAGAGCAUUGUCUAGAUUAAAUGUACAUGGCAUUGAAAUUGAUCCGGUCGACCGUGUGCCGGUUUUGGUGAAUGAUGCUCUUUACUGGUAUGCAUCAAACAUAAAUCAUAUUGUUGAGAUGAAUUUAAUCAAUGCAGAAAUUAGAUCAUUUCCUUUGACGACUGCGGAUAUGCUUAACUCGCUUCGACCAGAUAAAUGGGUGAGAUUGUAUUGGAUAAAAGGGAGGUUGUGCUGGCGUUGUGGUCGGGAAGUUUGGAGUUUGAACAAAGAUGAUAUGUCUUGGAUGAAAAUGUAUGAUCUCAAUUUUACAGGAAUGCGGUUGUUGUGUGUUUCAGAGGCCGGAAAAUGGUUGGUUUUAAACCACAAGUUUCUUGCUUUGCUUGAUUCUAGUAAAAGUUUUUAUAGACAAUAUCAAGGAGGUACUAGUUUUGAUGGUCCUAUAUUUAGCGCAUGGGAUUAUAAGAUGACUUCUGUUUCACCUUUUCUUGAGUAAGUGUGACAAUCGUGUUCAGGCAACAUUUCACGGUAGAUAAACCGAUGAAUUGGUCUAUGAAUUGUAGUAUUUGGUAUUUUUUGGAGUUUCAAAUGGAGUAUUAGUACUCUGUACUAGUCUUAUUGUGUUUUGAAAAAAAAUAUCUGAUGCAAGGAUUAUGGGUUGUUAAAUAUAUGUUUCCUAUUAUCCGGUUUAUGUAUAAUUAAGAAGAUAUUUACCUUCCCAAUGUUGUGAUAUUUUACUUUGAAUCUUGCAUAGUUGCAUUUUACCGUGUUUUUACUUCUACUCCGUAAUUGACUCCAAUACCAAAUCCUCAUAAAUUCUAGUUUUUUACGGAGUAUUUAAUUUAAUUUUUUUAGUUGUUUUUAUUUUUAGAAAACACCAAGUACCACUUUGAAACACCGCCUUUUUUAAAAAGACACCACCU